AUGAUUGGUGUUGACUACUACAAUGGAGCUUCAGGAAAGUCCGUCCGUUUGGAUGCGGUCCUGCCGGAUUCGGAGUACUUCCUUGCAGAGCUGUUAGGGCUGGCCUCACAGCUCUUGGUUGAUGAGAAGGGCCGCCCCUUGUCGCAAGAGCUCGCCCAGGAGCAGCAUGAGGCGCGGACCUAUCUCGACACCUUUGCCGGCCUGCUUCUGGAGCUGCAGCAGAACACUUCCGAGGUGCCGGACGCAGGUCCCGAAAGGUUGCCUUUGGAAGAUGACUUCAAGCUAGCGGUGGAGAAGGACAUGGAGGCAUCCAAGGUGUCUCCAAACACUCCUCCCAUGCUCCUGGUGGCACAGGUUUGCAGUUGCCAGGUGUGGAGACGCUGGGCCCAGCACCAGAUCGCUGGCCCUUUGCGCGGUUCUGGCAAAGCUUGGGACGCAUUGUCCCGGGCUGAGGAUGGGGUGGGAGUUCUGGAGAACUUGUCAUGUGACCUGUCCUUGAAUUUGAGGAGCGGGGACGGGUGGGAGGCGCGAGCUUCUGGACCUGCAUCCUACCAGAUGUUCUGGGUUUUCUUCUCUGUUUUGGAAGUGUUCAUUACGAAUACAGAACGCAAAAUGCCGUCUACUUCCCCUCUCUCUGCAGCUGUAGUGCCGCAAAUCACAGCCGCUAUCAUGAAGAGCGGACGGGGGCAUGUUUUAAGGGUCCGGCUGGGAAUGCAGGCUCCUUUGGGCUUGAGUUUUCAGAAGGCUCCAUUGACCAAAGUGGAGUAG